AUGUUAGUGACUGGGAAAAAGGGGAAUAGAUGGUCACUUGCCACAACCAGGGUUGCUCUUGCAGUGUACAACAGAAUUCCCUCUGGUUUUGAGGCUCUGAGUAAUCUAGGUAUUCCUCAGCUACCAUGUACGAAGGUUCUCAAGAAUGUUUUAAAGGACGCUGCUGAGAAACCUGGAAUCUAUGAAAAUUAUUUCCAGAGUCAAUGUGCAAAGUAUCAAGAGUAUCAGAAGCAGAGGGAGAGUACUGGACACCCACAGCCUCUUGAGAUUGGAGUAAUGCUGUGGGAUGAAUUCAAGAUCCAGAUGAAGGUUGCUUGGAAUCUUAAGGGUGGCUCUAUCUCAAGCUUCACCAUGGCACCUGAUAAACCUGCCUGUUUUAGAUGA